AUGCGCAUCCGGCUUGAAUAUCUGGAUGCAGUGCGUGACUUUAUCGCGUCUGCCGACUCCUCAAUCGAAAUCAAUCAGAUGGCCACUCCUAGUGAUUCCGCUCAUGUUCUGCAAGACCAGGCGAAACAACUGUGCAGCGAUCUGGAUGAAAAAGCUGAGCGUGUGAAACGGCUGCAAGAUCCUGCUGAAAUGAUUAUUUCAGACUUGACGAUCUCCCAACUCGUUAAGAAAUUCCGAUGGCGACUGAUGGGACCUGAUGAUGACAACACUUUCAACGAAACUGCUCGCCGAUUUGAUGAUCUAAUCAGUAAGGAUCUGCCUACAUCUGAGAACCCUCAACACUUCCUAACCAUCACCGUGGAACUAAUGCGUUCAGAAGAAGCUGAGAAAAAAGCAUUCGAUGAACUGAGCGAAUAUGCAAUACCCGAGCAGGACAAAGCCGAGCGAGAUCGCCUGGCAGCUCUUUUCAAAACUCGUCAAGAACAGCGAAAACUUUUGAUUCUAAACUAUUUGUACGCCUACCAUGACUACUUGAAUUCUCUGUUCCGAACUUACGAAGAUAGGGUUAUUCAGCUCAUCAAUAAUCGAGUGUUCGGCGAGCUGCACAGGUUUAAUGAUGGCGAAUGGAAACAAUGGAAGGAGGCUGUAGGGGAGUUAGAGAGUGCUCUCGAUGCUCCGAUGCGCUUACGGCUACGUCCCGAAUUUGCUGACCUGCAGAGGAAGGCAUUCUCACUGGAUAGCAAAAUUUCCAGAUCAAUUGCAAGUUCGGCAAAGCAAAAACGCCAUGAAGAAAAGCUCGCAAUGAAACUGGCACAGUUUGAGACCUGGUUGAAUGCGAUGGAGGACGAUGUGAAUUCAGUGGAAAAUAUGCCGAUGAGCGACGAUCAUAUUUAUCGUUUAUCUCAGCUAUUAUCCAGUUGUCUCAACCAUCAAAGAUUGGUGGGUAAACUGGAACGGCUCAAUGUACAGAAUCGGGACCAUGUGCUCCAACUUUGUCAGAAAUACUACAACAUACUGAACAGGUUGAGACGCCACAAUCUCGAGGAAGGCACACUCCCAAUCCAUGUCGGCACCCUCGUUCAUGGAGCCCCAACUGAAUCGCAGCUAUCGAUCAGUUCACUGGCUUCAUCCGAUUUCGCAGAUCGUCCAGAAUCGGUGCAGUCCGUGAGCUCAAGUAUCGAUAUUGGCUCAGCUUCUGCUGACACUGAACAUCCUAUUGAAAGAGCGGUUGGAGAUAUCCGAAGGAAACUUCAUAACAUUCUUCAUUCGUACAAUGACGGUCCGAAAUCUCUGGCAGCAGCUAUUGCUGAUUACAAUCUUCUUUUGACGUAUCGCGGAGAGCUCAACAAGUUGUUUGACGACCUUCCGCCUGGGAACGACGCAAAAAGUGUGGCGCUGGAGAAUUCUCUCCAUCAUCUAUUGGAACAUCUUAAUGAAACCGCCAGCAAGCUGCAGGCUGAGAUUGACGAAGAAGUGUCAAUAUCAGGAAAAGAAAAAGAAAUAGUCACCGAGCUGAGCAAAUUGGAAGAACGAGUAAAAAGUCGAAAUGUUAGCGAUCUGAACGUUAUUUAUGACUUGGAUCAGCUACAAACGCAGAUGGAUCUGUUGCGAAUGAUUAGCAGUAGACCUCGGCAGUUUGUUGAAAGUGAUCUCAUGGAUCGUGGAGGACCCACUUCGAACAGAACUCGUCAAAAACGCAAAGUUCUUGUCAUGGUCACUAACACCGUGACCACGAUUAUACAAGUCGUUGAAGAACGUCUCCUCACCAUAGAAGCUCGUUCUCGGGAUCCUGUUGUUCAGCAAAAGCUCGACCUUGUGAAGACGAAUCUAAAGAAGUUGGAAGAAGAGGCCAGUGGUUCACCUCCCGAGGAAGAAAUUGACAUUCCUACAGCAGGAAAGUCUCAAGAACUUCAUUUGGAGACGGAAGUACCUGCACAGUUAUCAAAGACAAGUGUACCGAGCAGCGAAACAUUUGCGGCAGCUGUGUUCGGAGUUGAGCAAGCGCUGAACAUCGCCGAGGACAUAGAUUUGAAAAGCUGCAACGAUCCACACGUCCUAUCGGAGUCGUUGAACAUUUUGGAUCGGCAAAGCACUGCCAUGGAUGCUCUCUGCGACACCGCUUCCGAAUUGGCGAAAUCUGGAGACCCACAAUACCUGGACACGAUCUCCAAACUACAAGAACGUCUUCUUUCUGUGAAGUAUUCUCUUGCUGAUCGCCUAGCGAAACUUCAAUUGGAGAUGCCAAGCUCAAGCGUUCCUAUCACUGCAUUUUCACCAAUGGAGGAAUCCCCCGUAGAAGCACCUGAUGACUUUGACACACUCGUCAAAGAUAUCAAAACAGCAACAGCUUCUGCUGAAGCGGUUCUAAGUGAACAGCCCGAUGACUCUUCAAUACUGAUGAGAACAAGAGACAGAUUAAUAAGGCAGGAACCAGUACUAUCGAGGCUUAGCGACAUCGCAUCGGCUAGAGCUCAAUCUGGCGACACUGACGGCAUUGACACCGUGAGCAUGCUUUCUGAUGAAUUCAACAGUGUACGAUAUGCUAUAGAAGACCGUAUCGACGAACUUGGUGCUCAGCUUUUGCAACCUGAACAAGUGUCCGAAGCUGUGCCAGACGACUUCGGCAAGCUCGUUGAUGAAGUUCGUGCAGCAACGGCUUCUGCGGAAGCACUUCUGGACGAUCCAUCCAGCAAUCCUCAAACACUUCGGAAAGCUGUGGAUGAACUGAAAAAUCAGGAGCCAACUUUAUCGAGGCUGAGCGAUAUUGCGUCUGCAAAGGCACACUCAGGUGAUCCUGAGUUAAUCGAUGUCCUCAGCUCAGUAUCUGAGGAAUUCAACGGUGUGCUAUAUGCUAUCGAAGAUCGCAUCGGUGAACUCGAGAGCUCUGCUGCCGACAUUGAAGUUUCCUCGGAGGAAGUGCCGCAGGGCCCGUCUAAUGAGUUUGACAAGCUUGUUCGAGACGUUCUGGAUGCAACAACUUCUGUAGAAAUGGUUCUCACUGAUGAAUCCAGUGAUCUCGAUGUGUUACUGAAAGGCAGAGAGAAGCUCAGAACUCAGGAGCGAAUUCUGGUAGAUCUUGACGAGCUCGCUUCUGCAACGGCUCGAUCACACGACUCGAAAGGUCUCAAUAUCAUGAAGUCACUAAAGGAGCAGUUCUACGCCGUUCAAUUCGCUCUUGAGGAUCGCAUCGACGAAACUCUCGAUAGGGUAAAACUUAAUUAG